AAAGGAGGGGGUCGCCACGCCCCAGUGCCCCCCAACCCAGUUGCCCCGCCCCCCAUACCCGGGCUCCACCCACCACCGACCGACCCGGGUCAGCACCCGCCCGCGGAGUCCCCAACUCCAGCGCUGCCCCCACGGCUCACCCAGCCGCGCCCCCUCCCGCGUCCCCGCCCCGGCCGCUCCCCAGCCCCGCAGCCACCAGCCUGCUCGGCCGGCCACGGCGCGCCAUGGGCAGCGGCAGCAGCCGGAGCAGCCGGGCCCUGAGGCGGCUGCGCGGCCCCGACAGCCGGCCCGCGGGGCCCAGCGGGGCAACCCCGGAGGGCGGGACCGCUGCCCCGGAGGAGGAGGCCUCCGAGGCAGUGGGGGCCGCGGCUGGGGGCGCGGCCCGCACCGACCCUGGCCCUGCGGCGCCCCCCGACGGCCGGGAUGAAACCCUGCGCCUGCUGGACCAGCUGCUGGCCGAGUCCGCGGCCUGGGGUCCGGGGGAGCCGGCCCCGCGGGGCCCCACGCGGCCCCGACCUGCCGCAGGCGCGGGGAGCCGGGUGUCCCCAAAACAGAGUGCCGAAGACCACCCAGAGGGCAGCGGCGGCUCUGAGGCCCCUGGCGGCACCCACAGGAGUCCAGAGAGGCAGUCGGCCGUCCUAUACGACGGCUCCGAGGAGGAGCUGAUGGCCAGCAUCGAGCAGGAGUACGGCCGCUGACCCGCCUGGCCGGGCGUCCAGCACCCCCCACGCCGCCCGGCUGGACCUGAGCUGCUGCCACGGCACAGCCUCUCACAGAUCCUGCCCACCCGCCUUCUCCAGCCCGCACUCAGCCAGUCCUGACCGCGGCCAGCUGCUGGCCAGAGGGGUCAGCUGUGCAGACCCAGGCCAGAAAGAGGUGCAGGUCUUUGUCAGGCCAGAGACCCCUGACACCUGGCCUCCCCUCGGCCUCAGGAGGGCCUGUCUAUGAGGUUCUGCUGGAGCCCGAACGCUCCCCCUUCCCCGCCCCCCACUCUCCACCUGGGCUGGGGGAGGCCCCUGAGCAGACUGGGGCUUAGGCCCGGUGCCUUGGGGCCUCUCACAGCGCUUCAGGCGGACCCUACGACCAGGGUGGGCCAGGAGGUGGGUCUGGCCCAGCUGGAGGGGGCCGCCCUGAGUGCCACAGGUGAACCUCCUGGAGACGUUACCCAAAUGCAGGCUCUGAUGCUGUGGGUCUGCAGGGGCCCGGGGCUGCAUUUCUGACCAGCUCCCAGGCAAGGCCCACGAGGCUGCCUCCCAGCCGCAGCUGAGCUGCAAGGACAGGGCACGGCUCCAGACUGCUGCCUGGGCUGGAGGCCGCCCGGGGCCCCAGCCACCUGGCUCCCCGGGGAUGGCGCUGGGCUGGCCCUGACCCUCCACUCACACUCGUUAGCAGUCACUCUCCCUCUCUGGGCCUCAGUUUCCCUCUCUGGCAGAUGAGUCCUGGAGGCUCUGCCCUGCUCCGAGGACCUGGGAUCACUCGGUCCCAGGCUCCCUUUUAUACUUGUAUUUCCACCGAGUUGGCAGAGAACUGCUCCCCCGCCAAGGGCGCUCGUCUCCCCCACCCAGAAGGCCCUUCAGGGGUCCCCCACCCCCCCAACCCCCCGCUCACCUGUCCAAUGCCCGAGAAGGCAGACAGUCACAGAGGCAAGACAGAGGGGCCUGAGAGCGGUCCCGGCUGAUGACCGGCUCAGGGCACCGGCUCAUCAGGAGGCCGAGGGCAAACCGGGAGCCGGGCCUUCUGUGGGGGCCCAGGUGUGGCUGCUCUGGGCAGUGCAGGGUGAGGAGGGGUCCAGGGGUUGGGAGAAGCCCCUCCGGAGCAGCCAGGGAGGGUAUUGGCCCACGGAGGCCACAGCCGUGUUUGCCGAAGCCAGAACACGUCCCAGCUUGUCUUGCGUUUGCCACCAACACGACAGCCUCCCCGCGUCGCCUGCAAAGUGCGAGAGCAUCUCCAAAACGGGCAAGGGCCCCUGGGCACCAGCCCCAGACCCACAGGCCUGCUGCCGUCACAGGGUUUCCAGGAACUUCCCUCGUUGGACCAGAGUGCCUUUGAUCAGAUGCCCCGCCGCUGGGGGGGCUUCCCCUACAGUCAGGACGGAGCCAUGGAGCCCCGGGAGGGGCGGCUCAGGGGCCCCCCAAAACGAGAGCUGCUUCCUACCCAAACCCAAACCCUCCCUCCUUGUGGAACGAUUAAAGACAUUACUAUUCUA